UGCGCAAGAGCGCCAGCAGCAGCAGCAUCUCCACCACCACAACCACCGCUGCGCUGCGUUUCCGCCUUGAUUGAGCGGCGCACACAGCCGAGAGGGGAGGGGAGGGAAGCCAGAGAGGAAGAGCAGAGCCACCAAGACGCAGUGGGGCACACGCGAGUACGGACUCCGGAGCAAAAUUACACCAACAACUCCAGUUUUCCGUCUCCACGUUUAUUUUAACGUCAAGAGGCGACCUGUGCGGUGCGCACCAGAGCUUCUCCGGCAUGGACACUGCGCUAGAAAAAAUAGACACUAAAAUGUGAGGCUCACAGGGGGAAAUCACAGUAGACAGAGAGCGCGCGCGCGUGUGUGUGUGCGCGCGUGAGAAAGAAAGUGGCUACCCCCUAAAUCUUUUGCAGGUGAUUUCAAUUCUGUGUUCUGCAGUCUGAAAAUGAAGAAGUUCAACAUCAGGAAGGUGCUAGACGGCUUGAAAGAGGUUUCCUCCUCCACGCCGUCUGUCCAAGUGGGGCCACAGGAGAACCAUCUGAUUCAGGAGACUCUCCAGUCCGACCAUUUCCAGCUCUGCAAGACUGUUCGUCAUGGCUUCCCCUAUCAACCAUCAUCCAUGGCUUUUGACCCUGUGCAGAAGAUACUGGCCAUCGGGACCCAGAGUGGAGCUCUGAGAUUGUUUGGUCGUCCUGGUGUGGAGUGUUACUGUCAGCAUGAGAGUGGAUCAGCUGUCAUCCAGCUACAGUUUCUCAUCAAUGAGGGAGCGCUGGUGAGUGCUUUGGCUGAUGACAGUGUUCACCUGUGGAACCUGAGGCAGAAGAGACCAGCCAUCCUCCAUUCCCUCAAGUUCAACAGAGAGAGAAUAACUUUCUGCCACCUGCCCUUCCAGAGUAAAUGGUUGUACAUCGGCACAGAACGAGGGAACAUCCACAUUGUCAACGUGGAGUCCUUCAUGCUCUCAGGCUACGUCAUCAUGUGGAACAAAGCCAUUGAACUGUCCUCCAAGGCUCACCCAGGACCAGUGGUCCACAUAAGUGAUAAUCCUAUGGAUGAGGGAAAGCUUAUAAUUGGAUUUGAGUCUGGGAUCGUGGUCCUGUGGGAUCUGAAAUCAAAGAAGGCGGACUAUCGCUACACUUAUGAUGAGGCUAUCCACUCAGUUGCUUGGCAUCAUGAGGGCAAGCAGUUCAUUUGCAGUCACUCAGAUGGAACUCUGACCAUAUGGAACAUCAGAGGCUCGGGCAAGCCCAUACAGACAAUCACACCACACGGAAAACAGCCCAAGGAUGGGAAGAAACCAGAGCCCUGUAAACCCAUUCUUAAAGUGGAGUAUAAAACAACCAGAAGUGGGGACCCCUUCAUAAUCUUCUCCGGUGGUUUGUCUUAUGACACGGUGGGCCGGCGACCUUGUCUAACAGUAAUGCAUGGGAAGAGUACUGCUGUGCUAGAGAUGGACUAUCCUAUAGUAGACUUCCUCACACUAUGUGAGACACCAUAUCCUAACGAUUUUCAAGAGCCUUACGCUGUGGUGGUUCUUCUAGAAAAAGAUUUAGUGGUAAUCGACCUUGCACAAAAUGGUUACCCCAUAUUUGAAAACCCAUAUCCUUUGACUAUCCAUGAGUCUCCUGUGACCUGCUGUGAGUAUUUUGCCGACUGCCCUGUGGACCUCAUACCUGCACUUUACUCUGUUGGCUCACGACAGAAACGACAAGGCUACAGCAAAAAGGAAUGGCCUGUUAGUGGUGGAAACUGGGGUCAAGGCACACAAAGCUACUCGGAGAUCAUCAUCACUGGGCAUGCUGAUGGAACUGUGAAGUUCUGGGAUGCCUCUGCAAUAAUGCUCCAGGUGCUCUAUAAACUAAAAACAGCCAAGGUAUUUGACAGGAACCGGUCUAAGGAAGACAAGGGCAGCACUGAUGUGUCAGACGAAGAUCCCUUUGCCAUUCAGAUUAUGGCCUGGUGCCCCGAGAGCCGGAUGCUGUGUGUGGCUGGGGUGUCAGCCAAUAUUAUCAUCUACCGCUUCAGCAAGCUGGAAGUAACUACUGAAGUAGUGCAGUUACUAGAGGUGCGAAUGCAGUAUGAACUGAAUGAAACAGAGUCUCCAGAUGGGGGUGAGCAGAUAUCGGCACAUCCCACCCCCGGUGCCUCCCCUCAGACAAGUGGCCCACCUUCACACCCUUCCACCAGCAGCAACAACUCUGAUGGAGGCAACAUGCCCUGCCUCAAGGUGCGGAGUGCUCCUUUGAAGCAGUCUCCAGGUUACCAGGUAGAUUUGGUAGUCCAGUUGGUGUGGGUAAGCGGAGAGCCUCCUCAACAGAUCACAAGUCUGGCACUAAAUUCCACCUAUGGGCUAAUGGCCUUUGGCAACAGCAAUGGUCUGGCGGUGGUGGACUACAUCCAGAAAACGGUGGUACUCAACUUGGGGACGGUCGAGCUUUAUGGCUCCAAUGACCCCUACCAGCGACAGCCUCGAUCGCCAAGAAAGACACGGCAGCCAUCAGGAGGUCUGUGUGAUAUCAAUGAGGGCUCAGCCACAUCAGAGGACCGCUGCAAGUCCCCCACUUCAGUGUUGAUGUCACACAGCAAUCUACAGCAAUUCUACAAUGGAGGUGGUAGAGGAGCAAAGAUGUCACGGAAAUUAAGCUUGCCUACUGAGCUAAAGCCAGACUUGGUCCUCCUGUCCGUAUGCCCGCCACGGGGUGCCAACCCGUUAGACCACCGGGACAACUCGUUCAGCCGCUCACGCUCCUCCAGUGUCACCAGCAUCGACAAGGAAGCACGAGAGGGCAUCAACUCCUUCCACUUCUGUGAGACCUUUGCCCGAAAGGGUGACUGCACUUUGACGCCCUGCCUGUAUGUGGGCACCUCCCUGGGAACUGUGCUGGUUUUAUCGCUUACGUUGCCACCUGCUGGGGAGCAGCGGCAACUGCAGCCAGUGAUCAUUUCACCAACAGGUAUGCUGGUACGGCUGAAGGGAAGUAUCCUGAGAAUGGCUUUCCUGGACUCUACAGGUUCCCUCCUGACACCUGCAUACGACCCUUGGUAUGAACCCAACGUUACCGCUGAUGGUGAAGAAAGAGAAAAAGUCCGCAAGCGUCGGCCCGUCUCUGUGUCCCCUUCAACCUCCCAGGACCUCAGUGAGAGCCAAUACGCUGUGGUGUGCUCAGAGAAACAGGCCAAAGUCAUUUCCCUCCCCUCCCAGACCUGCAUCUAUGAACACAGUAUCACAGAGACCUCCUUCAUCUUACGGGCAGAUGUGGUGCAGAUGAGCCAAGGUGUGUGCGUGGCCUGUUUCUGUGCUAAUGGCCACAUCAUGACCCUCAGUGUACCAGGAUUGAGACCGCUCAUGGAUGUAAACUACCUGCCCUUGACAAACAUGCGGAUAGCCAGGACAUUCUGCUUCACCAACCUGGGCCAGGCCAUGUACCUCUGCUCCCCCACUGAGAUUCAGAGGAUCACUUACAGUCAGGACACCUGUGAGAACUUACAAGAGUUGCUAGGUGAACUUUUUACACCAGUGGAAACACCUGAAGCUCCCAACAGAGGGUUCUUCAAAGGGCUCUUUGGAGGAGGAGCACAGUCACUGGACAGAGAGGAACUAUUUGGAGAGUUGGCAGCUGGAAAAGCAUCUCGAAGUCUGGCUCAGCACAUUCCUGGCCCAGGUGGUAUUGAGGGCAUGAAGGGUGCUGCUUCAGGCGUGGUUGGAGAUCUGGCACGUGCUCGGAUAGCGCUGGAUGAAAGGGGUCAGAAACUGGGCGAACUGGAAGAGAGGACAGCUGCCAUGAUGGCCAGCGCAGAUUCUUUUUCCAAACAUGCCCAUGAGAUGAUGCUGAAGUGCAAAGACAAAAAAUGGUACCAGUUCUGAUUAGUGAUGGGGGAGGAGCAGCGUUCUGUGGACAAGACUAUCUCAUCGACCUUCCAUUGGCUCAUCUGGACUCACCGUGACUCUUGUCCAUCUGUCUGUCCAUUAAUUCGUCCCUCCAGGCCUUCUUCACUGAAACACUUGGGAAUUUCUUCCCCAGCACAAUGUUGAACACUGUUUUUACCUCAGUCUAAGGGUAGAACUGAGGAGUAGACAGAUGACGGGUGAGAAGGACAACCUCAGAGGUAAUAAAUAAAUGCUAUCUUUUUUAUGUUUUUGUCUUUUUGUUAUCUCUGUUCAGCCUCCCCUCCGAGGUAGCAGAUUGGCUCGAGCGCCUGGAGAUUUUUCAUUCUCAUUUGCCAAAAUGUCCUUUACGGUUGUGUCCACUCUGUUCCCUCAUGGCUGAUAUUCAAACUGACAAACACAGCAGAAAAAAAGAGACUCAUAUCUAAUCAAGUAAAAAAAAAGACAACAAAAAAAAAAAAAAGUCAAAUGAAAUAAGAAGAUUCUAAAUAAAUCAUUAUAUAUACAUAGAUCUAAUUGAUGUGCAAUGCUGUAUCCACUUGUAGACUUUUGUACUUGAGUGACAAGUAUGAAAGGAAGGAAUAGUCCCUCGAGGAGACAGGAGCACGGCUCAAAGGCCGACGGAGGCAGUGCUGGGGAAGCGUCUCUAUGCAGAGAGUCACAAGGAUUGAAGCAACUCACUCUGACGUACACUGGAUAUUUCAUCAUCUCGCUCAAUCUCCAAACUCUUCUCUGUAUCUGACAGACUUUCAUGAUAUUACCAACAGUGUGUUAGUGUGUGUGUGCGUGUGUGUGAGAGAGUGCUCGAACUUUAUAUUCAUGUAAUUCUUUCUGUAUUUAAUUUAAUUAAUGUGGAAAUGGAUGAUAUUUGAGUAAUGGGAAAAAGUGAUUUUUGUCUAAGAGCACAAAUUACUUCCUCCUUAUGACAAGGGCUGGAAUAUGUACAGAGCGUAAGGAUACGAAGGCGUUUAUCCCACCGAGAUGGCAACAUCAGAUCUCCUUAUUCUGAAAGGAAGGUCAUAUGAGCCCCACGCAAUUAAUGUUUGCUUGAAAUAUUAAUUUAUUUAUCAAUUUGAAGCAAUGUUGACUGCCUCCCUCCCACUCUGAUGUCACAAGCUUUCACUAUUAGGCCUAGUGUGUGAGCUUGACUGCAGAAUUAAUGAUGAGAUCAGUGUUAAUUGCUAGAUUGUUUGGGUAUUAAGAGGUUUCCAAAAUCUGGACUCAAAAUCUGGAUUCUUCACAUAUGCAGGGAUUGGGGGGAACAAAGAGUGUAAUAUUUUAAGUUCUGUUUCAGUUCUUGCUGACAGUGGUCUGUAUGAGGAACACAGCUGUUUGUGUUCCUUUUUUUGUUAUCUAUUUAUUUAUUAAUUUAUCAUGGUGCAAGAGACACAUAUGACUUCAAUGUCAGAAAUGCUCACCUUCAUUAUUUAUCUUGUUUGCGUUACCAUGUUUGCAGUAAAAUUCACCUGUGGUGUAUCUGUCUACCAAGCUUCUAACCUUUAUUUGUAUAUAAGUAAAUAGUUUGACAAUCUUAGACCAACUGGAAAGUAAACACUGAGGUUGCUCGAGCAACAAAAGAGGAGAUAGGCCAUAUUUUUUCUGACACCAAAGAGUUGCUUUAACUUUUCCAUUUCAUUCUCAUUUGGCCAUGAGUCUGGGAACUAGGUGGCCUCCAGUAUUAAGUGUAAUCCAGUAUAGUUUCAUAAACGGAGUGCAGACAGUCUUCAGAUCCAUUUUGGAAUUAUAAUCACCAUCAUUUGUCAGGGUUAAAGUAAUGAAAAGUUGCUAAAUCAAGCAGAUUAAAUUAUAUUGCUGUUGGAUUAAAACCAGAAAUAUUCCACUACACCUCAUACAGUAUUUAUGGUAGUCAUCUAUGUGUGUCCGACCGUGUGUAAGGCUAUGUCCAUGUAACCUAGGUGAUAUAAUUUCUAUUAUGUUUUGGUAGUUGAUGUCCUAGUCUGUCACAGUCAACAGUCUGUCCUGUUGAGUGUCUGUUAGACAAGCCACCAACAAAUGGGGGAAAAAAAGAGGAAAACCUCUAAAUUCUGGUCUCCUUUCAGCAACAAAUGUUAAGUCUCUGCACAAAAGCCCUUCACUUUCUAGACUUGUUGUCCUCUGACUUGUUUCCACCUGCACAGGUAGCUCUGUCUUUACCUCCAAGGUGAUGAAGAGAGUAAGAAAAUUAAAAAAAGAAAACAACUUCAGGAAAAAAUAGCUUGUCUUAGCUAUACUCAUUGUAUUUUACUUUUCCUACCCCUUGUAGCUUUUUUUUAAAAUUCUAUUUUCAAUGUCAUCCUCUUUUUUUGCCAUCUCUUAGUGAUUUGUUUCUUAUCCAUACACUAUAGUAUGCAGUAUUCUUACCUGAUACAAUCCACAAACUUAAACAAUGAGAGGGGGUCCUGUCUAUAUGCCAUAUGCCGUCUUCUGUCCUGGAUUCAACAGUUAUCAGUGGGUUGCAGUAUUUUUCUCAUUGUAGCCAAUUUUCUUGUACAGUUUUAUGCAACUUUCACAUGGAUGUUUAUGACUUUAUCUGCUGCCACAACAAAUUUAGAAAUUCUGUAGAUAGAGAUUACUGUGCAAUGGGAAAUAAAAGUGGAAAAUGUA